CCCUUGUUUUCACGAGGGAUCAAAAUCAAUAAUUGAAGCUACAAUCAACAAAAACAGUACCUUUAAUCUUGUUGUAAAGAAAAAAGCAAAGAUUUUUUCCACUACAGUGUGAUGGGUAUUGUUGUGGCCAUUGCAGUGUUAUCACCAUUUCCAUUCUACUAUUAUCUCUGGAAUUGGCCUCAAUCAUGGGUAGACCUAUGCGGUAAAGGAAGAGACCCUUCAAAGAUCAUGGCUUACGUUUCUCAUCUCUUGAAGCUGAUUCAGUUCAUUGCUCUUUUCUCUGUCUCUUCUUUUCAUUGGCCUGCUUUUUACUUCUGGCCCCUUUUUGCAUUUGGACAGUUUCUUAACUUCAGGGUUUAUCAGCUGCUUGGUGAAGCCGGGACAUACUAUGGCGUACGCUUUGGAAAAACGAUUCCGUGGGUAACCGAAUUCCCUUUCGGGGUCAUCAGUGAUCCUCAAUAUGUUGGCAGCAUAUUGAGUCUUGUUGCAUGUCUUUCAUGGGUUCCUUAUCAGUACAUUCUCCUUUGGGUUUUAGGAUACGUGUUUAUGAUUCGCGUUGAAUCGAAGGAAGAUCAAUCUACUCGUGCGAAGCCACUCAAUUGAUUUAAGUUUGGUAGUUAGAUAUAUAGCUUAGAGGAUUCAGUAGCAUCUAAAUUUGAGAAGGUGUUGUUAAAUAAUGGAACCCUAUCGAUUUCUAUCUAUCUAGCUGCUUGUUCUACAAAAUUCAUUGAUGGUGGAUUUGAAUUUGGUGUUCUUAUGUUUUGUUUGUGUCAUAUGUGAAUGUCUGAAUUAUAAUAAGAGCACCACCAAACCCUUAGUUGCAGGGUGUCAUUUCAGUUUCUUGGUCUAGUCUCUAGUAAAUUGAUAAAGGAAGACAUUCAUUCUAUAGUCUCA